UUUUAUAAACAAACAUGGACGUGGUUAGACGUCGCUAAGGUUUCUAAAAGGAUUAUAUGUUUUAAAAAAUACUACUGCUUUUAAUAAUACAGUUGUUUUUGUCAUGAUAUGACGAUGGAAUGCAGUAGUUAGGUACAUGGAAGGCGGAAAUGAUGGCAAGCUAAGCUGGUUGAUGGGCAGGUGCGGCACGCGGCCUGUCGGAUGAAAGUUGCCAUCAGCUGGAACUAUGCAGCAGAAUCGGAACAUCCGGAUCAUAGAAUGGGAAGACCUGGACAAGAGGAAGUUCUACUCCCUGGGCGUGUUCAUGACUCUAACCACACGUGCCACCGUCUACCCCUUCACCCUGAUCCGAACCCGGCUGCAGGUCCAGAAGGGGAAGUCGCUUUACAACGGCACUUUUGAUGCCUUCUGUAAAAUCCUUAAAGCUGAAGGCGUGCGGGGACUGUACCGGGGCUUCAUGGUCAACACCUUCACACUGAUCUCAGGUCAAGCCUACAUCACCACCUAUGAGCUGGUUAGGAAGUACGUCUCUCAGUAUUCCUCCAAUAACACUGUCAAGUCUCUGGUGGCCGGUGGCUCUGCCUCGCUGGUGGCCCAGAGCAUCACCGUGCCCAUCGACGUUGUCUCCCAGCAGCUCAUGAUGCAAGGCCAGGGGGAACAUCUCACACGCUUUAAGGUCAAGCCCAAGAUGGCCGUCGCCACGUCUAAGCACAGAGUGACUUUUGGGCAGACCCGAGACAUUACAGUGCAGAUUUUUGCUGCAGACGGUUUUCGGGGUUUUUACCGUGGCUAUGUGGCGUCUCUUCUCACCUACAUCCCUAACAGCGCAGUGUGGUGGCCUUUUUAUCACUUUUAUGCAGAGCAGCUGUCCCGACUGGCCCCAUCCAACUGCCCUCACCUCCUCCUGCAGGCUGUGGCCGGGCCCAUGGCUGCUGCCACCGCCUCCACCCUCACCAACCCCAUGGAUGUAGUGAGAGCCAGAGUGCAGGUGGAAGGCCGUUCGUCAGUGAUGGAAACCUUUAAGCAGCUCAUGGCUGAGGAGGGCAUGUGGGGCCUGACUAAGGGUCUCUCCGCUCGCAUCAUCUCCUCCAUGCCUACCUCCAUCCUCAUCGUCAUCGGCUAUGAGACGCUGAAGAGGCUCAGUCUGCGGCCUGAGCUUGUCCAUACCAGACACUGGUGAAAAGCAGGGUACAGUCCAGGACACGGACACACACACACACACACACACACACAAGGUCGACCCUCCCUGUGUGGGCUUUCCUGCCUUUUAACGUUGCCUUUUUGAUAUUUUAACAGUUGAUCGAUCGGGCUGUGUGAGUUACAAUACAGUACAAGCGGGAUUUUGGGAAGGGGACCAGAAACGCAGUUUCAGGAAAGUGUUAAAUGAGCUAUGAUGAAUGUUCAUAUUUGAUGUUUGAUGCCAAAACGUCAUGAAACGAACGCAAAUCAAAUCACGGCACAUGUACAGAAGGAGAGUUCUGUAAUAUUACAGGCUGAUUCAGGCCUAAUCUUUGUGUAAAGCAUACACAUCUAACAGUUUUAUAAAGGCCUAGAUUAAAUUUCCAGCCUCUGCUAGACACUGGGUUGUAGAAUGAAGAGUAAAGUUACAAUGAAUGCAACUGAUGGCUGCUUAUCAGAUCUGACUCGUAUUUCAGAAUGCAAAUAACCCAUGGGCUAAUGCCGAGCAGGACACAUCCCUCAGAUGCUGCUCAGAGAUAUGAGCACUAAUGAUGUUACUUGAUAAAAACACAAAGCCUGGACAGAUUACAUCUACAAGCUGACCUCUGAAUACAGUGAACUGCUUUUCUUUUUAAAAAAACGUCAGAGAAGGUCGACGGUGAUAUUUUCUACAGUAUUUCCACUGCAAGCGUGUUGUUUCUUUAUCCUUAUCUUUAUGUGCGUACAGUUUCAUAGUAAAUUAUGGAGGUAUUCUUUUGGAUCGUAAGAUUUUUAGUGAAGUGUAAUUCCUGAGAUAUAUGUGACUUUUUAAAACACUCUAGCCGUCAUCUGAAUCAGAUGGCUGGCACUGCAGUUGAGACGUGACUCAAACAGUUAUGAUGAACACAGAGAAUGUAUGUAUACUCAUGACUAUGUGGUGAAACAGUUAACGUGGUCUUUUUCACUCCUUUUUGUGUUGUCUGCUCACAAUGACCUUUUUUUUCCCCCCACACACACCUUGUAUUGUAGGAUAAAAGAUGUUGUGGGUGUGGCCAAAGUUUUAGACUUGUUUUGUAAACGUGACUUAUCCUUCUGUAGGACAGAUGAAGUGAUUCCUUGUAUAAUGCCAAGUGUAUAAACCUGUGUGUGUGAGAUUAAAGUAACAAUGGCUUAUUCUCACAAACGUCUUGUUGUAGAAAUAUCGCAGUGUCUACAGUGUGAGUUGAGGUCACUGAUUUAUUCCGAGCUCAUUCGAUUGGUACUGUUCACGUUUAACACGCACAUCUGUUCAUACAGCAGUUCUCCUUGCACAGAAGGACGAGCUGAGUCGACCUGCACGUGACAGACGUAUAAAAUAUAAAGCAGUUACAGUCAAACAGGAUAUUUAUAUACAUGCACAAGCCCUCUCAGAGGCUUCAGUUAUGCACUGGAUGGCAUGUGUGUUAAAGCUCAGCAGAGGGCGUGAUAGACAACAUCUCACUAUUGUGUUACUGAGUUACGGAGACAAAUUAACACUAAACACCAUAAAGAGUCGAUUUCUAAAAACAGAAGUAUUUAUAAAAAAUUUAUUGUUUUGACAAGACUAGAACAUUUAAGGAGACAACGAUUCAAAAAUGAAAAUCAAACCUCAUGGCCAUGUUAUUACCUGCGCAUGUGUUUGAUGAUUACAGAAGCAGGUUAAAGGCUUUAUUUAACGUCAAACAACAAAACAGAAGUUGAUUCGAACUUGCAGGAGGAAAGUGUGUAUCAGCAGGGACUGUAUGAAUCUCUGUGGACAAAGAGUGCGGUUCGAGUAAAUGUUCUGGCAUGUUGUACGCUCCUGGGCAAAGAAAAAUAGGCCAAGCUCAAAAUAACAAAAUAUUAAGCUUUUAAUGGUAUUAACAACAAAUCAUUGGUCAGGAAAUUAUCAGGAAUUAAACAAAUAGAUAAAGGAAGUUAGUAUAGAGAGUUUUUCCCUUUGAUUUCUUUAAAUGUUUAAGCCUUGUGGCCCUUUGAUGAGCUGCAUCAGGUGCAGCAGAGAACCAAAUAAUGAGUAAUCUUUUAAGAAAAAAACAUCCCAGAAGAUAUUUUUGGGAAAUGUUGUACAUCUAGACAUGUGUUAGUAUAAAUUUUACAUCAAACAUUUAGUCAUUAUCAUGAUUUUACCUUUGUGUACAAGGCUAUAGAAGUUAUAAUUCAGGUCACUGCAGCAAAAGGAAACCAGCAAAUGGAGGCACAGGAGCUCUGAGGAGUGCAUCUGUUUCAUUCCUUAUCAUUUUCUGACCAGUGAUUUGUUGUUAAGACCAUUAAAAAGCUUCAUAAUUGCCAUUUUUGGCUUGGCCCAUUUCUUUUGCCCAGGAGUAUAUUUCAGAUGUACUCGUUUCCUGUCAGGUGUAAGAACGGUGAAACAUGCUUCACAUGGGACAGUCGUAAAUGUGGAUGGCUCUGUCAUCUCCAGCUGAAACGAUCUUCGAGCCAGUGCUGUUGUACUUCACGCUCCAUACCUACAAACACAUUUAAGAGUUUCAGUUUUCUGCCAAAAAAACCUGCUUAACUUAAAACCAUUGAAUAAAUGAAGGUGUGCGUUGCUGCCAACCCACACUUUACCAGAUCACACGCAGAGAAACUGUCAGAGAAACAAGCGCAAACCUUGAGCACUGGUCCUGAACAGGGACGAUUCGAACUCCAGCUAUAAGGUUUCUUUCUUUCUUUUUAAAUACACAAAAUACACCCCUGUCACACUGUCCCGUGAUUAUUUUGAAAAUCUCACAUGGAUACUGUUUAUUUCUACCCACAAACUGCUGCUGUAAUCACAAAGACUGUCCUGUGUUCAUCCCAGGACUCUUACUGAACAUCCUUUCAACACAUUUAGUACUGUUUAACUGUACACAGUAAUGAUUUAUAAUCCCACUAUCCGCUGUCACCCACAAGACGAUGGGAUCUGGUUUCCUUCCAGGUUCAUCUCAGGGAGGUUUUUUGUUCCACAAGAAAUCUAAAUCUGCAUCCUGAUUUCUGUAAAGCUGCUCUGUUACAGUGUCUAAUGUUAUAAGCGCUAUACAAAUAAAACAAUUGCGUUUUCACGCGCAACAAACUGAA